AUGAGUUCGGUUAUUUUAUUAUUGUUUUGAUAAUAUGCAGUUGCUGCUCAUGCUGAUUAUGGCACAGCUCUUACAAGAUCCAUACUGUAUUAUGAGGCUCAAAGGUCUGGGAAGUUACCUCCUACUCAAAGAGUCUCAUGGAGAGGCGAUUCCGGUCUGAAAGAUGGUAGUGACGUUGGUGUUGAUCUUACUGGAGGGUACUAUGACGCUGGAGACAACGUGAAAUUUGGAUUUCCUAUGGCAUUCACGAUUACAAUGCUGUCAUGGAGUGUUAUUGAAUAUAAAAGCCAAUUGUUAGCAAAGGGAGAACUUCGGAAUGCCUUGCAUGCAAUAAAAUGGGGGACUGAUUACAUGAUCAAAGCUCAUCCAGAGUCGGAUGUUCUUUACGGUCAAGUUGGAGAAGGUCAACCUGACCACGAUUGCUGGCAGAGGCCAGAAGACAUGACAACUCCAAGGACUGCUUAUAAAAUUGACGCGGAGCAUCCUGGAUCUGACUUAGCUGGUGAAACCUCGGCUGCCUUUGCUGCUGCAUCCAUCGCUUUUAAGACAUAUAAGCCUCGUUAUUCUGCUCAACUUCUAUCCCAUGCUAAACAGCUCUUUGAGUUCGCUCGCAAUCACCAAGGAGUGUACCAAAGUACCAUUCCGGCAGCACCGUUUUACGUUAGCAGUGGGUUCCAGGAUGAGUUGUUGUGGGCAGCAGCUUGGCUUUACCGUGCCACAAACGAACAAAUGUACUUGGAUUACCUUGAAUCAGCAGACACCGGCGGCAUGCAUCCCUCAUUUUGUUGGGACAAUAAGUAUGCCGGCGCUCAUGUCCUAAUGGCCAAGCUUGUAUUGGAGGGAAAACUAAACACUAAUAAAUGUGCUGAGUACAAAAAAAAUGCGGAAGAGUUUAUUUGUUCUGUCAUUCAGAAGGGUAACAACAAUGUUCAAAUGUCUGGAGGAGGAUUACUCUAUUGGCAACCUUGGAAUGAUAUUCAGUAUGUUACUGCUGCUAUCUUUGUCACCACUGUUUAUUCCGACUACCUAAAGUCUGCAAAGUCCACUCUCAGUUGCCCAUCUGGCGAAGUUACUCCUGAUGAACUUAUCGAGUUUGUCAAAUCACAGGCGGACUACAUUUUAGGUUCAAACUCGAAAAAUAUGAGUUACAUGGUGGGCAUGGGAUCAAGUUAUCCACAAAAAGUUCAUCACAGGGGUGCUUCAAUUGUUUCGAUCAAGAAAGAUCCAACACCAGUGACUUGCAAAGGAGGUUUCGACAGCUGGUUUAACAAAGAUGCACCAAAUCCAAAUGUUUUGGAAGGUGCACUCGUUGGAGGUCCUGAUGCAUCAGAUGCAUAUGAUGACUCAAGAAGUAACUACGAACAGGCCGAACCCGCAACCGCCAAUACAGCUCCAUUUGUUGGUGUUUUGGCAAGACUGGCCUAG